AUGAACUCGACCAUGGAGUUGUCCCAAGUUGUCGAGGAGACAGACAAGGAGGAGAUGGAUGGGGGCGGGCAGGACCGUUCGAACUCCUUGGGGCAGGAAGAAGCACAGAACGAAGAGGCUGACGAGGGCGGGGGAGAUCGAGAUGAAGAAGAAUUCGACGUGGAAGCCGAGGAGAAAGCUGAAGAGGAAGCUGAGAGACCCUCGGAGCCUCCCAAGAUUCUGAGGAUGCAGACUAUCCAACCAGAGGAUCUCUCUGCAAGCUACAGUGCAAACAGCAACGAAGAGUUGCUGGUGUUGGAGUAUGUCGAGAACUUUCGUCGGCAGUUCGUCCAGCUGUAUCCGCAUAGGAAAGAGCUGCUCCUUUCGCCAAGGAACGAGUGUGGUGUAGAGAAAUUCAUCUGUACAACGGUGAGGCCCACCAAGAUGGAGUACAACGAGAUCUACGACUUGGAGUCCUGUGCCCUCUUCGUUUCCGAGCACAUUAAGUACGAGGUCCGCUCGUUCAUGGCUCGUAGUUGA